AUGAGCACCAAGAAUCUGGAAAUGGGAAGUGACGGUGUAUUACCAUAUCUGCUCUUCUCUUUUACUCUGCUAAUCAUAUUUCACCACUGUGACGAGUGCAGUGCUUAUGGAGGAGAUACUCUUUCCUUGGGUGCCUCGUUAACAGGAAAUCAGACAAUAAUUUCAAAGAAUGGAACCUUUGAAUUGGGAUUCUUCAGCCCAAAUGGAACCAAUAACUGGUACAUUGGCAUCCGGUAUGGCAAAGUGGCAGAGAAGACAAUUGUUUGGGUGGCUAACAGAGAAAGACCCGCAAAGAAUAGGCCCGGGGUUUUGAAGUUGUCCAAACAAGGUAGUCUAGAUCUGUUUGACGCAGAGGGUGCGUCUCUUUGGUCGGUCAACAUGUCGAACAAGGCUUCCCGGGCUGUGAUAUUAGAUUCUGGUAAUUUUGAAGUGCUGAGCGGUGGCAAUAAAUCUGAGAUUAUUUGGCAGAGCUUCGACUAUCCUUCCGACACCUGGUUGCCUGGAAUGAAGUUGGGCGGAAAGAAAAAGCUAGUCUGUUGGAAGAAUUCAUUGGAUCCAGCUCCUGGCCGUUUUUCUUAUCAGAUGGAUCCUUCAGGGACCAAACAAAUAGUGCUAAGAUGGAAUGAUUCUGUACAGUAUUGGGAGAGCGGAGCUUGGGACGGUAAAAGUUUCAGUCAAAUCCCGGAAAUGUGGUUGACAGGGAUGUACAAUUACAGCGUUGAAGAUACUAGUUCUGGUUUCUAUCUCAGUUAUACAUUCACUCCUGUUGCCGGUUACCACAUGCUGUCACGUUUCGUUGUACAUAAAUCUGGUGGAUUGCAAAGUUAUGUUUUGAUUGUCCAUAAUCAAUGGAGCAUGGUCUGGUCCCGGCCCGGAGAUCAAUGCACGGUAUAUAAUGUCUGUGGCGCUUACGGAACCUGCAACUCCUACAAUGUUGAGUUUUGCAGGUGCGUGGAAGGCUUCAUCCCCAGAGACAAUCGCUCCUGGAGUUUGCGAGAUUGGUCCUCAACUGGCUGUGUUCGACAGAGCCCGUUAAACUGCGAUGCCCAAAAAUGCAGCACCGACGGAUUCAUCGAUUCCAGAGCAACGUUGCCUGCUAAUGACGCUUUCUCAUACCCUGCAACCACAAAGAAAGAUUGUGAGAAAGUGUGCCUCCACAACUGCUCCUGCACUGCGUAUGCUUUCAAUAUGCCUUCAGGGCCGUGCCAAAUCUGGUCUGGAGAUUUGCUAAAUAUGCACAAUUCUAAGUCUGAAAGCGAUUCAAAUGUCUUUAUUCGAGUGGCUGCCUCUUCACUUCCAAAAUCUGAUCCACCGUUCUUCUCCAAAGUCUACUUAGUGUUUGGUAUUUUCAGUGCUGUUGCAUUUGCUCUGGGUAUCUCGUCAUUUUUAAGGUGGCAGGGGUAUCGGCUACGAUUGAUGGAGAGGAGUGCAAAUUCCUCUAAUUCUUUUCUUAGAGUGUUUAGUUACAAGGAGUUGAAGAUUGCAACUAGAAAUUUCAGGUCUAAGCUGGGGAGCGGAGGAUUCGGGUCAGUGUUCAAAGGAUCUCUAAAAGACGGCACGCUUGUAGCCGUAAAGAAAUUGGAGGGUUCACAACAAGAUGAGAAGCAAUUCCGAGCGGAAAUCAAUUCUCUUGGAAGCAUACAACAUGUGAAUUUGGUCAGGCUUCGAGGAUUUUGUGCUGAAGGAUCAGAGAGGCUCCUGGUUUACGAGUACAUGCCCAACGGCUCUCUGAACUUCUUACUCUUCAGUGGCAACUCUGAAAGUAAACGGAAGGUACUCGACUGGAGGACCCGAUUUGAGAUCGCGCUAGGCAUCGCAAAAGGGUUACUUUAUCUCCACGAAGAAUGCAGAGAGUGCAUCAUUCACAACGAUGUUAAGCCCGAAAACAUUCUCCUGGAUAACGACUUUAUCCCAAAGUUGGCCGAUUUUGGGCUAGCAAAGCUUUUGUAUAGAGAUUUCAGCCGCGUGCUGACGACUGUAAGAGGAACAAGAGGUUACUUGGCUCCAGAGUGGCUCUCUGGCCUUCCCAUAACUCACAAGGUUGACGUCUACAGUUUUGGUAUGACAUUCUUGGAAAUCAUUUCGGGCCGAAGAAAUGUGGACAUGAGCGUGGAAGAUUCAAACAAGCAUUACUUUCCCUCGUGGGUCGCAGCUCAAGUUUACCAUGGUAAAAUGAGUAAUAUUGUGAAGGAGGUUGCUGCAGCUGUAGAGGAUGCAGAUACAGAAGAGAUGAAAAGAGCUAUUGUUGUUGGGUUACUGUGCAUUGAAAAGGAUGAGAAUGUGAGACCAAGCAUGGGGCAAGUGGUGCGGAUGCUGGAAGGGAAGAUGGAACCUCCAACUCCGCAGAUUCCGAGCAAUGGCGACGUCAUUGCUUGCAAAAAUUAAGUGGGAAUGCAGUUUGAGGUGAAGUUUUUCUGUGUCAGAUUCCGAGCGACAGCGAUAGGGAAGGCGAUUCUAACACAUGUUUUCUGCAUUUGUUUCCUUUAUUGUUUGAUUCAUAUUCUGUCUGUCUUCUUGUCCAUUUCUUACUACGCGGGCAUCUGACCUAGAAUAGGUACCUUUUUCUUGAGUGCUUAAAUAUAUUCUA